GCGAACCCUCGAUUGUGGAUGAGUCUAUAAUGACAUUGGUAGGAUUGGAUCUCUCAGCUCAAUAUCUCCAAUCGUCCACCGACUGGGACCAACCUCCCGUUUCUGAUUUCACCUUGAGCCGGGAUAAACUAGAAGCCGCUAUUGCGCAAACAGUUGCACAAGUCACUUGAAUGGCAGAGCGAAUGAAUGGAGGAAUUCAACCUGGCAAUGGGACGGCCCUUGCCUAUGAGGAGGUGAUCGCCCUACGCCUGAAUAUCACCCUUCUUCCUUUGCUGUUUGCGACCUCUGCGUCGGUGAUCAUGUUGGGAUUGGCUCUACACAUGACAAGAGCAUUUCAUCCAUCCCGCAACAGUCGGGCUCCUAUCUCAAAUGCAGGUGCACUGCAACUCUUAUGGUUGGGCUAUCAUUCAGCAUCUGUCCAUAAAGCUUUGCAACAUGUGGAACAUCCGACGGAGGCUAACUUACGUCGUGCAGGCAUGAUGGAUGUUUCUUUUGCAAGCAUGACAUCUGACGAAGAGUUGCCAAUGAAGAGUUUCAUUGAUGGUCUCCCUGUCCAGGCGGUUGACCAUGACGAUAGGAUGUCACAUUGAGUUUGAAAACGUUGGACACGAUAAAGACUGUAACAUCUUGGUGUUGGCCAUGUGUAAUAUGCAUAAUGCCUGUCAGAAGUCUUCGUCGAAUACUGUGCAUGGCAACUCCAAUAU